CACCCGUAGAUUUACAGUCAGUCAGACGUGUAUCUAGCAAACGGGAAGUUUCCUACCAAACAGCAGCAAGAUGAACAGUCCUAUGAGCCAUCGCUUGAUCGCAACUUGUUCGUCUGAGACAAUUUACUAAUGAAUUCAAAAGAGGAUGUCAUCCCACUUAACGUUAGAAUUCGAAAAUCAUCAACAAUAUCCUGCGAUGGGUAGUGAGACAGACAUCUUCUCCAUCGACCAGGGAGGAGAGUGGGACAUUAGCCUCUUUGAUGAGCUGGACAACCUGGGAGAUGCAGAUGAGUUGCUUGAGGCCCUGCAGAAUGAUGGCUAUGCCAGUGAAGCUCCAGACCUGGACUUUGAUAUCGACAUACCGCUGUGGAAUGAAGUGGACACAAGCAGCACCUGCACAGAUGGUGAGGUGAGCGUGGACUCUCUGUCACCUGCCCACACUCUGAGCUCUGCCUCAUCUCCUGCCUCUGUGGAAGCCCUGUCCCCAUACUCCUUACAAGAUGAGGCCCUGUCUCGACUGUCGCAGCUCUCUCCUGUUUCAGUCUGCUCAGAGUCCAGUGGCUAUUCUGUGAUCUCUUCCCCAGCAAAGAAAGCUCCAAAGAGGACCAGUCAGACCACACGAGUCAAACAAGCUCAGCCAAUCAAGAGGCCGAUUCAGACUGGCCCGAAGGUUUCCAUCCAACCGAAACCGCUGAUUACAGCUGUGCCCUUGGCUCAUGCAGCAGCUCCCCUGCAGGCCAAGACAAUCAUCAUCCAGCCCCUGCAGACCACUGUGCUGCCUGUGGUCCAACCAGCUCCGGUCAACAUCCAACCAGCACCCCCUCCAGGACGUCCCAUAGUACUGUCUCAGCCAAGCCAGGUGCUACGGAUCCAGACACCACAGGCCAUCACCGGCAACAUGGUCGCCAUGCCAACGCUCAGACAGGACAGGCCCGUCCCAGUCGCUGCUCCUCCAGUGGUCUCUGUCACACUUCGAAGCCCUUCAUCAGACGAUGAUUCAAAGUUGUCCCAGAGGCAGCAGCGCAUGAUAAAGAACCGCGAGUCAGCAUCCCUGUCUCGGAAAAAGAAGAAAGAGUAUCUGCUCUCGCUGGAAGCUCGCCUGAAAGUGGCGUUGUCUGAGAAUGAAGUGCUCAAGUGUGAGAAUGGCAACCUCAAGAGGCAACUGGAAGGCCUGCUGAGUGAGAACACAGUACUAAAUGCAACAGCCCCCAAGAGGAGAGCUGUGUGUCUCAUGGUGGUGUUGGUGUUCCUUGUGCUUAACGUUGGACCAAUGAGUCUGUUUCAGGGAGGCUCCAAGCAUGACGUUUUUUCCACGCAGCACAGCGGCAGACACCUGUUGGAUUUCUCCCCAGGGGCAGAAACUGAGGUCAUGAUGGGCCCCGAUCCCCUCCACAGUGGCCCCUCUGAGAUUGCAGACAGCUCUGAGGAUAAGGCCCUGAUGGUGGUGAAAGAUCCUAUCUUCCUCAGACCACCUCCCCCCUGCCAGCCUCCUGUUAACAGGACCAAGUGCUUAGAGUUGGCCCACGAGCUGAGGGGUUGGGUCCACCGUCAUGAACUACAGCAGACCAAAACCAGGCGCAUGAGUAGCAGCAGUCACAAACCCACCAGGACCAUUCUGAAAACUGAAAAUAAGGAGGCAGAGAGAGCCCAAAUUGUGACCGUCCAUUACACAGAAACUACUGAGGAAAAGAAUCCUGGCAGUGAGCUGCAGGUAUACUACGCACCUCAUCACACCUACAGUGACUUCUUUGAUGAGAUCAAUCGCCGUGGCGACACUUUUUACGUAGUGUCUUUCCGCAGGGAUCAUCUUCUACUUCCUGCCACCAACCACAACAAAGGAAGUCGACCCAAGAUGUCUGUGGUGUUGCCAGCUAUGAACAUAAAUGACAGCAUCAUAAGGGACAAACAGUACGAGGUGAUGAUGCAAAUUGACUGUGAAGUAACGGACACGAGGAUCCUCCACAUCAGGUCUUCCACCAUCCCACCUUUGCUCCGGGUCAACCACACGGACACGUUUUACCAGCACUCUGCAACCGACAACCAGGCCGCACCUCCUGUCGGUGUGCUAAUGGGGUCGGCUUAAGAUCACCAGCAGCACCUGUAUUAUUUUUAACUCAACAAAACCCAUGAAGACAAAACAGAACAUACGACCUUACUUAACUUUUUUUUUGUGUGACGAAGUAUAUUUUAAAUCUGGUGUACUCCCACUGACUUCAUGAUUGUGAUUUAGUUUUGAAUGAAAUCAAAUCAUUACAAUACAAAGGUAGCUCAAAUUGUCAGCACCAGUCAGCCACAUUCUUUAUUAGGGCUGAUAUCUGGAGGUAGUCUGUAAUAGGGUCCGAGCAGACGCUAGCUCCUUGUGUGGCAACACUGACUUCUCCCUGUAACCCCAGACGCCCCACAUAAGGGUAAUUGCUUAGCGGCAGGGGGCAGAGCAUUGAACCCUGAGUCACCCCGUCAUAACACAAAUACUUUUACCCCAUAGCAGCUCUUCUCAAGUCUGCUGUUUCUUUUGUGGUUCUUAAUUUCGGGACAAGCUGCAAAGCCAGAGGAGAAAACUGAAAAUGAUAAUACACCUAAGAUUAAUCUCACAGGGAACUUGCCUAAUUAAAUACAGGAAAAAGUCAUUUGUGAUAUCAGUGUUUAGAAGCACAACAAAUUCUGUGUUUGUAUCUUAGCUUCAAAAUGGAGCUCUCUUAGUCAUUUGUAGUCUGUUUGCCUCCCUAAAUAAAGCUAAUUUUAUUUGUGAAAUAGUAAGAGAUGCCAGAUUGAUUACAUGCAGCAAUAGAGGCAUUCAGUAAACUCAGGCAGUCAGGUGACCCGUGAAAGCUAGCAGGAUAACCACUGUUGUUGGCUGGUUUCCAUUAAUUUAAGGAUUUCAGGUGCUGUUUUUACCAUUGUAUUGAUGAAGGAUUUCGGUUCUUAAUUUUUGGACUUCUGUUAUAUUGAUGAACAGAUUCAGAUACUUUACAUAGUGUAUUUAUUUGUAUUAUUAUGUAACAGUAAUGCCAACUACUGUGGUGUGAUGCAAUUCACUCAUUUCUGCUGUCAAAACUUUCUUCUGUCAAGAUUUAUUGAUUUUUGUUUUCUCUGUCUGGUUAUGCUUUCCAGGAACUUUUUAAUUAAACUGACUACAUUAAACUAAAUGACAUAUGGUAUACACAAUAAUAAAUGGUGGAUAUUGAGGAAACAUAAUGUAAAUGUUAGCACUAGGAGAUUUCUUUAGUGUCAGUGGUGGACAUCCUGAGAUUUUUAUCCCAGAAAAAUAUAUCUUCAUCAAAUUUGAAACCCCUACAGUUGAGCUAAAAAGGCCGAUGUUUGACAUGUAACCACUGGUGAAAAACCUUAAGUCCUGACUUCUCGUCCACAGGCUAAAUUGCACAUUUAUUUGGUGCACUUAAACCUGUAUUUAAAUUGCAACCAACUGGAAAUUCUUUUUUAAAAACUGUGAUGUAGUUGUAUUAUCUGAUAGUUUUUAAUACUAAUUUGUUGUAAUAAAAAUUUGCACUAUAAAUGCAGAACCUGGAAAGAUCAGUCCUGGCUUUAAAUGCCUUACAUUAAUGUGUCUGUAACCUUGUUUUGACUACCGGUAAUAGGGGGUAAAAUUGAUAUUAAAUAAGAAAUUAUACAUCAUCAGAAUUUGUAACUUUUGCUCAUAGUCAGUUUUUGUUAAUGUUGUUAAAACAAUGUACUAUACUUCUGUGUCUGAAAGUGCAUUUCUUUUAGCUACAUGAUUGUACAGAUGGUUAUGUUUCAGCUCAACAGAUGCCCAUAAAAAUUGUUAAAAAAAAAACAUGCCCUUUUGUUUUCUUAAGCCAGGCCAUCCGUGUGUAUUUUUUUCCCUUUUAGUUUCAAGAAUAUAUUUGAUUUACCACGAUGUUUUCACUGCAUCCCAGUACUUACUGUUGGGACAAAGCAAGAGUACAAUUAAAAACUUGCGAUGUUUUGUUUUUUGUAUUCUACUAUGUGCAUAAACCAAAAUAAACACUGGAUUUUUUCUAACUACA